AUGGCUGAUUCAAACAAGAUACAGGAGGAAAUAGAACAAGAUCAAAAGACGCUGAAGGAAAUAACGAAAGACGACGAUUCAAGUAAAAAGAAGUAAGUCUCUUUCGUUUCGAGUUAAAAUUUAAUACAUUAGAUAAAUUUUAAACUACUACAAUAUUUAUAUAGAAAAUGUAGAAAACCAGAUCACUGGACGGGCAGUGUCGCCGAUCAAAAGGAAUUAUUCUUACAUAUUCUCGCUGAAUUAACCACCAAGCAAUUACGUGCUGAAAACAACAACUGUAUGGACUUCGAGACCUACAACAAGAAACACCGGCAAUUGAUCAGUUCUAAUUGGCAAAAAGCAAUCGGGUUCUUUCACCGUAUCGUCCAUGGGGAAUGGGGGGUAGAACCAAAACCCGACAAGGCGGGUAUUGACGACAAAUCCAUCAUAAGCGAUGACGAGAUUGCCUCAACACUUUGGAAAAUCACAAUACUAGAUAUGCGUCCCUCUGGAGAAGAAAAACCAUACGGUGGUGUCUAUAUUUUUAUGGCCAACGCUGUAUGUUUCUAUGUCAAAAUGGUCGAAGUUGAAUGA